AACUUACAUGUGAGCUGCUCAGCUGCAGCAAAUGUUGUUACUGUUUUGCUGCUGACCUGAUCUUGCCUUCUCAGUAAGGGGUUCGUUCGUUUAUAGUAUAGUCAGGCCGUUUCUGGUCGUUCUCUAAUUUCUUCGUCCCAGUCAAACUGCAACUGUGAAACUCCGCCCACCCCUUUUUUGCAGAAACCUAAAACGUUCGCACCAACAGGAUGGCUAAAUGACGCAUAUCCUUGACGUUACAGCGCAACGCUGCUAACCAAGCUAGGCGAACGUUGGGCUGUGUGUCGUAGAUUGUUAUUAGACAUCCUAUCAGUUGUGAAAUAGUCCUGGCCCGCGAAGAGACCACCGUUACACUAAUCUCGUAUUUGUCUGGGAUGUAUGGAUGGAUAGUUGACGGAAUCUCGUCGCUGUUUGAGUCCGUUUCGGGGCAAAACCCCUCUGAGUGGCCCGGGAAAGGUAACGUUAGCGAGGAAGGACCCACGCGACCUGCUGCGUUAGCGGGAGCACCACGGCAGCAGGAGAGCCACGGCAGACCGGCUAAACGGAACUAUCAGAGUGUUGAUGUUGCAGACAGUGUGUGCCAGAGUGACCACAUCCAGGCGAAGAGGCGCAAACGUGAUGUAGUCAUCAGUUUUGUGAAGAAGACAGUGGCCGGGGUAGCAGGUUUGCUCAGACUGCGAAACCCGCUGACCACCAGGUGGGAAAAGCCCAAACAGUAUGAAGACAUACAGCCUGUGACUCUUAUGGGGAUAGAUGAGCUGCACACCUCAUGGCUAAACAGUUCUGAAUGGAGGAUGAAUAAACCAGUGAGUGGAGGGAAUGAGAGGGGAGGGAAGAACCCUUUUCAGAGCUCUUCUCCUCCUCUAAUGAGGAAAUACAGCGAGGCUGGGCUGUCUAAUGGGAUCCCUGACAGGGCAAGGGACCGGGAGAGGAGAGGCUCCCUCCAGCUACUGCCCUCCAGACCUGUUCUGAGGGUGGGAACCACUAAUCUUGAUCCAGCCUGCAAUAGCUUUGGGCACCAACGCUGUUAUAAGCCCAGUCUCACUGUGGAGGAGACCAUAAAGCAGAAUAACAAAGAACAUUACAGGCGUCUACUGGAGAUGGUAACUGAGCAAUACAGCAAAAGCCAGCCUCUACCUUUCAACCAGACGAAACCACAAGAUGCAUUGCUGUCACAGAGUGAUCCCAAAAGUGCUGCGUCAGGGAAAACAAUUGAACCAAUGCCCCGGAGGAUGGGAUACACGGCUGCCCCAAGUGUGUAUUCAUGGAGAAAUGCACCUGUCAUCAAGGAGAGGCACAGCAGCUUGGCUUUCAGUAAAACAUUCACGGGAACCUUUGAGGACACACAGCCUUUAAGAUGUGCAAAGAAACAGGCUGCAGAGCUGGACCUUUCUACAGAAGUUGCCACUCGCCUCAAUCUAGUGGACAGAGAGACUCCUGCAGCCAGUGUCCCUGACACACACACUACACACACCGCACACGCUCGACACAGUGAUGAAGACAUACCUCGGCUCACUAAGGAAAUGGCAGCAGAGGUGAGCUGUGCUCUGGCUCAGAGUGAUCCCAACCUUGUGUUAAGUGCAGCUUUCAAACUGCGCAUCACACAGAGAGACUUGUCCACGCUGCAGGAAGGCGGCUGGCUCAAUGAUGAGGUGAUUAAUUUCUACCUUUCCUUGGUCAUGGAGCGGUGUGCUGGUGAGGCAGCUGGACUAAAAGUCUACACCUUCAGCACCUUCUUCUUCCCAAAGCUGCGUGGUGGUGGCGGAGGAGGAGGCGGGCAGACUGGAGGUCACACUGCAGUGAAGCGCUGGACCAAAGCAGUCGACCUUUUCCUCUACGACCUCCUUCUGGUCCCUUUGCACUUAGGUGUCCACUGGGCACUGGCUGUUAUUGAUUUAAAGUCGAAGACAGUGAAGUCAUAUGACUCAAUGGGACAAAGACACGAGGACAUCUGUAGUCUUUUACUACUCUACCUUAAAGAGGAGCACAAAGCAAAGAAAGGCAGAGAACUUGACAGUGCCAAAUGGACUGUUGGCAGCUUGAGGUCCACUGAGAUUCCCCAGCAGAAGAAUGGAAGUGACUGUGGUGUUUUUGCUUGUAAAUAUGCUGAUUAUAUUGCAAAAGGAAGACCUCUCACCUUUAAACAGUGCCACAUGCCUCUCUUCAGGAAGUUAAUGAUUUGGGAAAUCGUCAAUCAGAAGUUGCUGUAGAUGAUCAGAACAAUCUCACUAACAGCCCAACAACAGAGACUUAAUCAGUGGGAGCAACACGUGCACACAACAUUUGAUGAUGAAACAAACGAAUGGGCCAAAGAACUGGACUAAACUGACUGAAACCUAACCCAGUCUAGCUGCUCUGGUCUGGUAAAAUCAAACGCUAGUCUUAAGAGUUUCCUGCCAGGAACGCAUUAACAUUUUGUAAUCUCUAAGUUGUAAUUGGAGACAUUAUCGGGAUGUAAGAAUUGUAUGUCUUAUACAAGCUUUGGCACUACUGACUGAGUGUGUUUAUUUUAUUGACCUUUGAUUGUUCGAUUUUCUGUUUGAAGUUCUGCCUGAAGUGCCUUCAGCCCUCUGACACUGAGCUCAACUCAGAGCAUGCUCUUGUAUAUUUUGAAGAAUUAUUUUGUCACAUACAACUCUUGGUCAAAUGUUAACAGCUGGACUCAAAAUUCAGUGAAUAAGAUAGUCGCUGGUUAGUGAUAUUUUUGUAUAACUUGGCUGUUCUCUGACAAUGAAAAUCAAAAUACCUCCCUUAGAGAACAAAAAUGCAUGAUUGAGUGUUACAUGCCUGUUUUGAUAUUAUUUAUGACUGGAGUGAAUGAGAAAAUGACAUUUAAGUGUGUGUAUAUUGUUUGUCCCCCAUUAGUGGAGCAUUACUAGAUGUAUUCCCAUUUGUUACAUAAGGCGCUGUUAGGUCUGUGAAUCUUUUCCAUAGGCAUAUCGCAAGAGGCUACCUAGGGCUAUGUUAUUUACUUACAGUCUAGCAUAUUGCAUCACAAACUACUGUACAAAUAUGCAUGUUUGAGUUCAUGCUUUAAACUGUGAUUUUUGUUCCUCCAAUGUAAUAAAUAUUAUUUUUUUUGGCUA